ACUUUUCUUCAAGCAUGCAUACAUUGGCUUGUGGGUCGAAUAUCUCAGGAUAUAAAUAGACCACGUCCGGCCUUGCAGAGUUUUAAAGCCAACGACUAGCAUUUCUUUGGGGGAGAAGAGAUCAUACAAAAAAAAAAAAGAAAAACCAAGAAAGAUGGUGAGAGCUCCUUGCUGUGAGAAGGUGGGAUUAAAGAGAGGGCCUUGGACCCCUGAAGAAGAUAAGAUUUUGAUUUCCCAUAUUCAAAAUUAUGGCCAUAGCAAUUGGCGUGCACUGCCUAAGCAAGCUGGUUUAUUAAGAUGUGGGAAGAGUUGCAGACUCCGAUGGAUAAACUACUUAAGACCAGACAUUAAGAGAGGAAACUUCACCGAGGAAGAAGAGGAGGCCAUCAUCAAGUUACAUGAAAUGCUGGGAAAUAGGUGGUCAGCAAUUGCAGCGAAAUUACCAGGAAGGACAGACAAUGAGAUUAAGAAUGUGUGGCAUACCCACUUGAAGAAGAAGCUCAAACAAAAGCAAGACUUCAAGUCCAAUAAUAAACAGCUACACGAGACAGUGCCAAAAUGUGAUGAAGUCAGUGUCGGGAAUCAAUCAGACUCUGAGAAUUAUUCCAACGUUCCAACUCUUACAGGAUUACAUGAAAUUCCAGGCAUGCAUUCACCCAUGUCCCCUCAGCCCUCUUCGAGCAGCAGUGACCAUUCCACCGUAACGGAGACUUCAGGUGCCACGGCGGAAACAGACAACAUCACGUUCGAAAAUAUGGACUCAUCGGAGAUCAUUUUUCCGGUGAUUGACGAAGAUUUUUGGUCAGACGAAGCAGGAUUGGCAUCAGAAAUUAUGAUACCAUCAGGAUUUUAUGGCAACGGUCCUACAAGCAUUGAUGAUGAUAUGGAUUUCUGGUACAACCUUUUUGUUAAAUCUGGGGGAAUAGAAGAAUUACUAUAAAUUAUUUUUGUUUCCCCUUUCUUGGAGAGGAAAUGAAUUUGAACAUGGAGGGAAUCUUUCAGGAAUUUUGACCGUUACCCUGGAAAGCAGAAAUACAAGAGAUUUCCAGAUUGGGCCAAAUUCGUCCAAAAGGAAGAAUUUACAAUAGACAUCACUCAUUGACGAAGACAAUAAGAGCAAAGAUUAUUCAGUGAUUUUAUUGGGUGUUUUGAGGGAAAUGAACACAGACAAGAAUAAAGGGGAAGAGAUGAGGAGGUUGAAAAAGUUUAUUUUGUACAGUAACCCAUUAAUAUUGAACAGAAAAAUUGACGAAUCAGAUUGUAACACUUGUCUAAUUAUGUGUAAUGCAUCAAUUUUCAUACAGGAUGCUUCUUUCU